CAGGCAUCCGUGUCCACCACCAACGAACCGCCAACUCGGCGACUUGGCCACUUACGGAAGAAUCUUGCGUGGUGCGGAAGAAACAGUGCAAGUGAAAGGUGCUGGACCGCCACAGCUGGGAUCGGGAAGCGUCAUUCAUCGCAUAACCGAUACAGCGCAGAGCCACACGCAUCAAAGAAAACAACUGCAAGGCCAGCGGGGAAGUCCUUGGGAAAUCCGAUCAACCGUUAUCAACUGGGAACUGCGCAUCAUCGCCGCCGCCCGAACCGAGUGGGAUGAGUGCACCGUGUGAUGGUCAAGGUCACAGGUAGCUCAGAACGACUGGUGGCAUCCGAGAGGCCACAUGUUGUUUUGGAGUGCGUGGAGAUGCUCGUCCGCUGCUGAUAGCCAACUUGGCCCGGGUGUUGUUGUUCUGGCCGACUUGCUUUUGCUCCGUGCCCGUGUGUUCCUAAUGUGUGCGAGUCAUCCUUCUCACUUCACUGUCGCUUACUCUCGCUCGCACGCUUCCUGAUUUUCAAGUACUUCCUGGUUCUUGUGCGCAUAUGGACGCGGGGCGUGAUGUACUAGUACUCUCUCCGAGUGAUCUUGUGUCACCGUUCUAAGAGAGAGAGAGAGAAAAACAUUCAGAGAGAUCAGAGCGAGGUCCUGCAGGAUAGGGCCAAGAAACCGCCGCGAGCGGGGUCGGUAAUCGGUUAUGCAGUGAGCGCUCCGAUCACCAUCAUCGCCGCCGUCGUCGUCGUCUUCGUCGUCUUCGUAUAAAACCCCAGCGCCGGUGUGGUGCGGUCGUACAGAACUGCGACCAAGCUCCGCGCGAUUAGAAGACUCGCGCACGUGUUGAGACCAAACUACGGCAAGCUCCCUGGAAACUGCCAUUUUUCGCGCAAGUAUUCCUAUACAGUGCUGUGCACCAUCUCACGAUCAUUUCGCGAGGUGCAGGACAACCCGCGCCACUGUGUAUACAAAUUGUUUGUGCUCACGAAGGACGACGUGUACAAGGAUCGCCCCGAGGUCCUAAAGCCCAAAAGAACCGGAGAUAGAGAGAGAGAGAGAAAGACACUAAUUGGCUGGUUGGCCCUAGAGUCAAAGUUAAGUUCUGUGCGCGCGCGCGCGAUGUUGGCCCGGCUCGGAUAUGGCUUCGCUGCGCUAGCGGGGUACCUCCUCCUGGCACUGACCACCUCCACCUGGCUGCCGCUCCACCACCACGGAUGCGAGGCUUCGCCCGUGCUACUCGACAAACUGUUCGGCUUCGCUGCGUACCAACCGAGCUACUCCGGUGGCGGGUACGGCGGUAACCAGUACUACGGAGGUUACUACGGAACCGGUGGCGGCGAAGGCGGUUAUGCGGGAGUCCAACGCCCCGCCACGGCGGCCAGCACAUCGCACAAGCGCCAGGCGAAGGGCCGUAACUACAAGGACAUCUGCCGGGUGGUGAACCCGGCACCGUACGCCUCACCCGGCCGGGCGCCCUACCCGGCGGCCCCAUUCUGCCCCUACUAGCGUCAGUGCAAUCAAUGUGCCCCUGUAGGCUAGGAUCGGCGCGUUUUAAGGUACACCUCUAGCGUAAGUGCAUCCGUUAGCGCAGCGCAGCUAACUACGUCCGCCCGUUCUGCGUUCCCGGCUGAUUCUGAUUCUGGAUCCCAGCAGAGCUAGUCGCUUUCUAAUGCCCGCUGCAUGGGUCCAGCGAUCAACAGACCAACGGUUUGUUGUCGCAUUUUCAUCGCAUUUUCAUCGCAUUUCACCGCGCCGCGCACUUUUCUUCCCGAAACCCUUAUCCGAAAUCAUGAGCCCGGUUAUGUUACCAGCAAAACGCGUAAGCAGUUGGUAACGUAGGCACAGUGCGGGCUACAAAUUCAAACGUGUG